AUGUUCGGUGAACGUUUAUUGGGUUUGUUUCUUGUGUUUUUGUCAGUGAGUGGUUUGAAAUUGAUCGAAAAGACCGCGCAUUUUUAUAACGAUGAGUUGAAAGUGAACAAUGAUAUUUUAAAAAAGAAUCAUAGUACUUCUUGGGAAAAACAUAUGAAAAUAAAGGAAGUGAUUCAGUCAAGUAUAGCUGAGGAUAUCGUUAAUCGAUCAAUAUUACAUUUAAACGAUUUAAAUAUUUGGAAUCCAUAUAUGCUAGCGAACUUCUGGAGUCAUUACGAUAUACGUAAAUCAUUAAACGUUUCAUCAGACUGUGAAAAAGAUAUUACAAAUUAUAUGACAGCUUUGUUAAAAGGAGACAAAUGGGCAUUAAAAAUGGUAGAUGCUACUGGUAGAUACACUUCGGGUCUGUUCUCGGGUAAUGUCUUCUGGCUAGGUAAUGUAGAUCAGUGUCGUGAAAUGAGAAUAAAAUUUAUCGAUCGACACAGCGAUGACAAAUCUGAGCAUCAAGAGGAUAUACCACCCUUUCUAGUCAGUAUGUCAUCUAUUACUCUUAAUUUGAGUAUUUACCAAACUAAUUUGAACGAGACUUACAGAGUUAUUUUUGGAUUUUGUUCACCUGAUUCGUGUAAUUUAGAAGACACCGAGAAACUUUUGUACUUUGUUCAGGAUCAACGCGGGAACGAUUCAUCUAUGAAAAUAGCGAUCGAAACUAUAAGAAAUCUUUCGAAAGACAUAUACAAUUCUGACAGUGUCCCAAGGCCUUUAUCGGAAGCACUGCUUUCCUUUAGUCUAUUAUUAAAUCUUUCAAAGCUUUUCAGCCUCGAUGUUGGUGCUGAUACUCUAGCCCCUAUUCACGGUUUGCGAUUUCUAUCAAUGAUAUGGAUCAUUCUUGUCCACACGUGUCUAACAGUGAAUGUAGUUUCCGAGGGUGAAACAUUCAAGUCGAAUGUGGAGAGUGAAUUUAUGUACCAAACUAUCAGUAACAGCACUUAUGCUGUAGACACGUUCUUUUUCAUGAGUGGAUGUUUGGUAUCAUUUUUAUAUUUUCGCACGAUCACGAAAGAUAAUAUGAAAAAGAAGAAAAUAAUAAGAGGAUGUUGCGGUCAGAUCAUGCAGUUUUUAGGUAUGGUAUGGUACCGGUACUUCCGGUUAACACCUGUUUACCUUUUGGUAAUCGGUUUAAUCGAGGUAUCUAUGUCUUGGUACUACAAUCAUACUGUACUAGAUUUAUAUAUGCUCGAUUACCAUAACUGUCGAAAAUUCUGGUGGCGUAACGCGCUAUACAUUAAUACAUAUUUCUCGAUGGAUGAACGAUGUAUCGUAUGGAGCUGGUAUUUAGCGAAUGACACGCUGUUUUAUAUCAUUGGAGCAAUUAUUCUCAUAAUUAGCGCAAGAUUCGUUUUCGUUGCUGGAAUCAUAACAAUUUCCAUCUUGGUUAUAUCUUGGAUUACUACAGCUAUUAUUACUUUGAAUAUAGGACACAUACCGAGUAUUCAGGACCCAUUCGCUCAUUAUGAGAGCCUGUACGACAAACCCUGGUCAAGAAUUGGACCAUAUCUUUUUGGAAUGAUAGCGGGAUGGUAUCUUUACAAAUCUGAUUGCAAAAUAAAAAUAAGGAAAACGAUCGCAUUGGUAUUUUGGACUCUCUCUUUUGUUACGAUACUAAGCAUUGUAUAUGGAUUAUACGGGAAUAAACUCAGUCCAUUUUUGUCUGCAAUAUACACCGCAUUAUCGCAUUCCGGAUGGGCAAUUUCGAUAGCGUGGAUUUUGAUUGCUUGUGUUACAGGACAUGGAGGCAUAAUAAAUAAAGUAUUAUCCUGGAGAGGUUUGUACCCCCUUUCCAGGCUUACUUAUUGCGCAUAUUUAGUGCAUCCUGCGAUCAUACGAGCAGUGGUCUUACACGGAGAAUCUUCGCUGCAUCUCACACAAGGACUUAUGGUAUUAUAA